CGGUUGUGCUGCGGAGAGCCCGGCUGAGGAGGCCAGCUGCUCGGCCCCAUGGGCUGCUCCGCGCGACCCUCGGCGGGGCUGCGCCGCCGGCCCCUGCUGCUGCUGCUCGCGCUCCUCCUGCUCGCGCAGCCCGCCUUGGCUUGGGAGAGCGGAGACUUGGAGCUCUUCGACCUGGUGGAGGAGGUCCCGCAAAACUUCUACGUCUUCCUGGGAGUUGAGCAGGAUGCUUCAUCGGCAGACAUUAGGAAAGCGUAUCGCAGGCUUUCGCUAAUAUUGCACCCAGAUAAGAAUAAAGAUGAAAAUGCAGAAACCCAGUUUAGACAAUUGGUGGCCAUAUAUGAGGUUUUAAAGGAUGAAGAGAGAAGGCAUAGGUAUGAUGAUAUUCUGAUCAAUGGGCUACCAGAUUGGCGACAGCCUGUAUUUUACUACAGACGAGUGAGGAAAAUGAGCAAUGCAGAGUUGGCAUUGCUGUUGUUCAUUAUCCUCACAGUGGGGCAUUAUGCUGUGGUUUGGUCAAUCUACCUGGAAAAACAACUGGAUGAGCUGCUCAGCAGGAAAAAAAAAGAGAAGAGGAAAAGGGCAGGAGGGAAGAAUAUGGAAGAAGCGAAACUUGGUGUAGACAAGAAUGAAAGGUUGCUAGAAAAGCCACAGUGGCAGGACCUUCUUCCAUGCAAGCUGGGAAUAUGGUUCUGUUUGACAGUGAAAGCACUGCCUCAGCUAUUUCAGGAUGCCAGACAACUGUAUGUAGAAUAUAAAGAAGCAAAACUGAAGGAGAAAGAAGAGGCCCAAGCUAGGGCUGAACUGGAAACACUUCAGAAGGAAAAGAAACCUAAAGUCAAGAAACCAAAACCUGAAUUCCCUGUAUACACUGUGCCAGAGACAAAUGCAUUUAUACCAUCGUAUGAUCAUGGCGCUUCAAUUGAAGAGGUUGAAGAACAAUUGGAUGAUUGGUUGGAAGAAAGGAACAAAUCGCUAAAAAGGAAGGCACCGGAAUGGACGGAAGAGGACCUUAGCCAACUGACAAGAAGUAUGGUUAAGUUCCCAGGGGGGACGCCUGGUCGAUGGGAAAAGAUUGCUCACGAAUUGGGUCGAUCAGUGGCAGAUGUCACCAUGAAAACCAAACAGAUUAAAGAUUCAGUUACGUGCGCUCCUGGUAUCGUUAGGCUGUCAGAGCUGAAAAUGUUGGCCCAAAACUCCAAAUCCAACAAGGCUAGUGUUAACUUGUCAGAUCAUAUAAUCACUCAGCGGGAAAAAGAGGAGGAAGACCUGGAGGAGGACGUGUCAAAGUACAGUUGUGACCCAGAACCAAUAGAUAUGGCACCAGCAGAUCAACAAGAGACUGCGUUGACUGAAGCCAGACACCGCAGGAGGAAAACAAUACCAAAGGGCCCUGAAGUGACACUCCCAGUGAUGAAAGAGGCAGCAGAGGACAAAUGUAGGGGGAAGCGCCAGAAGGACUUUGACACUGCAGAGCAAGAGGAAUAUAGCGACGAGGAGGCGAGGAAAAGAGAGAGAUGCCGCAGUUCUGAAGACUUGUGGACUCAGAAUCAACAGAAGCUUUUGGAGCUGGCCUUACAGCAGUAUCCAAAGGGAACAGCAGAACGCUGGGAUAAGAUUGCCAAAUGUGUUCCAGGGAAAACUAAGGACGAAUGUGUGACUCGAUACAAGUUGCUGGUUGAACUCAUACAAAAGAAAAAAAUGGCAAAGAGCUGAAUGAACAUUCUCAAGAACUUUGCUUACCCAAAAUGGAGAUAUUUUAAACAAUAUAUGCAGUAACUUGUAUUUUUGUACCUCAGUAUGUCAUGUGCCUUAGUAAAAAAUAAAUCAAUACAUUUUUUGCCUUCCUU